AAGAGAGGCGAGCUGAGGCUCUGUCUAUACAAGCUGCAGAUGAGCGCCACCUCUGACACGGGCUCUGGGACAGCUCAGUGAGACACACGCCCAGGAUAAAGCACAGAGAUUCAGCCAGACCCACAGCCCGUUGAUCAGCUCCACAGGACUCCCACACAGAGGAACAUGAUGAUGAUGAUGCACGGAGUGCCUGACGACUGGGCCAAGCAGCGGCAGCAGCAGGCCAUGGCGUUGAGCCGUGAGGUCCGAGGAGAGAGGCUGAACCUAGGGAAGAAAAUUAGUACCCCUAAGGAUGUUCAGAUGGAAGAACUGCAUUUGAAUUCAAACAGAGGAUCCCGAAUGUUUCAAGAGAGACUAAAACGAGUUGAGAAAUUCACCCUGGAGAAUACUGUCAACAGCAACCCCUUCACAUACGACCAGCCUGAAAUGACCCCCGCAGAGAACCAGACACAGAACCCGCCAGAGAUGGGGAAGGAGAAUCUCACCUACAUCAUACCUGGCAAAACCAGCCUUGUCAACACCCUCAAGAUGACGGUGGCCAAGAAAGGAUGUCCAAACGUCCUUGCUCCAGGAUAUUCUGGCCCUCUGAGGGAAAUCCCCACUGAGAAGUUCAACGCCACUGUGAUCCCAAAGUCCUACUGUUCCCCAUGGAGGGAAGCCCUGGGGAGCACCGACAACCUGGUGGCCUCCCUAAGCUCCCAGCUCCCAGAGCCCCCACAGAAACUCCCACCCUCCAACUACAGGUGUUUCAACAGAGCGGCGAUGCCAUUUGGCGGCCAAAUGGCGAGCAAGCGGGUCAUCCCCGUGAUCAACUUCGAGCAGGUUGACUCUCAGAACCUGCCAGGCUCCGUGCUGGAACGCAUGGCCUCGCGGCCCAACUUCAACCGGGCGCCCCGGGGAUGGGGCAUGGACUACACCCCGGAGUCCUCAGAUCUGUGAUGGGCCAGACAGCAGUCACAAUACGCCAGCCAACCCCCAGGGGGCGUCUGUCCUGGGGCGAGAGAGACUGAGAUUGGCUCGUACCUGCGCUUGCAUUUUCUCACUACUGGCCACUGAUGUGUUGGAUGUGUGUGAGUUGGAUGAGACUGGGCCUAUGCAAUCAGUUUAGGCCAACCAGAUAGCAUGUGACUCGGGGGCGGAUCUGGGGGGCAUUUCCAAGUGGUUUAGUGGCAAAGCUGGGUAAGUUAACACGACAACUUGUUGAGAAGCUUAUUUGCCGUCAUCCUCAGAGUAUGAUAUGAGGAUGCAUACAGUAAGCUAAUGCAGACAGACUGAUUAUUGCACCUACAGAACAGAACGAUAUGCAUACCCUUAUCCAACUCCGGGGUAGACGGCAAAUAAGCUAAUACAUUUAUCUUACCCACAUUUGUCACUAAACCAUACACUUGGAAUUCCCACUUGGCUCAGAUGCCCAGUUCUGCUCCGGACUCUACCACUAUCUGGGACCACCGUGCAAGGUGGACGCCUAAAGCUUCCUUUGUGUUGCGUUUCAAGAGAUAAUUUAUUGUUAGCAAGGAGGCAGCAAGUGUGACACACUGGACUGAUGCUAUGCAUUACAGGUCAUCGACACGAAUAUAAGGCACUUUAAUUUUACAUUAUUUAUUUUUGUGAAAUAUGGUAUUCUGUCAGAAUAUCAUAUCAGUAUCCUGAUAAAGAGACACCAAACAUAUGGAUUGCCAAAUAGAGACAACAAAAAUAUGCUGGAUUGCCAAAUAGAAAGGAAUAUUUUAUUGUUUAAAAUGGACUGUAACUGGUGUGA